GUCUUUCCACAAAAUUUAAGAGCUAUGAACAGGUCAACAACACACGUUGUGACUGAAUUUGUUCUCCUGGGAUUCCCUGGUUGCUGGGAAAUACAGAUUUUCCUCUUCUCUCUGUUUUUGGUGGUUUAUGUGUUGACCUUAUUGGGAAAUGGAGCCAUCAUCUGUGCAGUGAGUUGCAACCCACAGCUACACACCCCCAUGUACAUUCUGCUGGGAAACUUUGCCUUCCUUGAGAUCUGGUAUGUUUCCUCCACUAUUCCUAAUAUGCUAACUAACAUUCUCUCCAAGACCAAGGCCAUCUCAUUUUCUGGGUGCUUCUUCCAGUUCUAUUUCUUCUUUUCACUGGGCACAACUGAAUGUUUGUUCCUGGCAGUCAUGGCUUAUGAUCGUUACCUGGCCAUUUGCCGCCCACUGCACUACCCUACCAUCAUGACUGGGAAGCUCUGUGGCAUGCUGGUAUCUCUCUGCUGGCUCAUUGGAUUCCUCGGAUACCCAAUCCCCAUUUUCUUCAUCUCCCAACUCCCCUUCUGUGGUCCUAAUGUCAUUGAUCACUUCUUGUGUGAUAUGGACCCAUUGAUGGCUCUGUCUUGUGCCCCAGCUCCCAUUACUGAAUUUAUUUUCUAUACUCAGAGCUCCCUUGUCCUCUUUUUUACCAUCAUGUACAUUCUCCGUUCCUAUACCCUAGUGCUCAGAGCUGUUUUUCAGGUCCCUUCAGCAGCUGGCCGACACAAAGCCUUUUCUACCUGUGGUUCUCAUUUGGUUGUGGUGUCUCUCUUCUAUGGAACAGUCAUGGUAAUGUAUGUGAGUCCUACAUAUGGCGUCCCAACUUUGAUGCAGAAGGUCCUCACACUGGUGUAUUCGGUUAUGACUCCUCUCUUUAAUCCUCUGAUCUAUAGUCUUCGUAAUAAGGACAUGAAACUUGCCCUGAAAAAUGUCCUGUUUGGAAAGAGAAUUAGUCAAAAUUAA